GAAAACUCGCAAGCUGAGCCGGGCCUUCGGCUCCCCAUACCUGGCCUGCUACGUGCUGGGAGGGGCCAUCCUGCUCCUGAAUGUUCUGCGCUCACACUGCUUCACACAGGCCAUGCUGAGCCAGCCCAGGAUGGACAGCCUGGAUAACCCCACAGCCUACCAGGUGGGCCUUGUGCUCCUGGGAAUUGGCAGCAUGUUGGUGCUCUCCAGCUUCUUUGCACUGGGCUUCACUGGGACCUUCCUAGGCGAUUACUUCGGGAUCCUCAAGGAGGCAAGAGUGACCACAUUCCCAUUCAACAUCUUGGACAACCCCAUGUACUGGGGCAGCACAGCCAACUACCUGGGCUGGGCUAUCAUGCACGCCAGCCCCACCGGCCUGCUGCUGACCAUGGUCGUGGCCCUCAUCUACGUGGUCGCCAUCCUCUAUGAGGAGCCCUUCACCGCUGAGAUCUACCGGCAGAAAUCCUCCCAGUUCCACAAGAGAAGCUGACCAGACUUUGCCGAGGGCCUCCUGGCCUGCCUCCCCGAGUGCCAAGCCCUGCGAGGGCGAAACAGUGCUCGGCUGCAGCUUGGUGCCUGCCCGGCGUGGGCCAUGCCAGUGCCUUGGAAACCACUGCCUUGGGGGCUCUGGACAUGCUGCCAUGUGGUCACUGAGCUCCCUGCCCCGCCACCCCUACCACAUUCUGACUCACCAAUAAAGGCUCCCUGACUCCAGCUUCA